AUUUUUCAUCAAUUCUGACGAUUGUUUCAUUUUACCUGAAAUAGUCUUAAGUUUGUCGGUUACGAGUGAAUUACAGUGUGUUUUUUCUUUGUACCGAAUUUCACUGCAAUUAUUUGCAAUUACGCUUAUUUGUUGAAAUAUUCAUGCCGAGUUGUGGAAAACAGUUAAAUCUGUGGGACUAGAAAGGAAAUAGCUAUUUGUAUCACAAAGUAAUUGACUAAUUAGAGAAAUGUUGUGAAAAAUGCUUGUUUUGUGAAAAUGGGUUUCUAUAGAAACAGUUUUAAAUGAGAUUUUAUUAUAUAGAAGAACUAGAGUCAGUUUAAAACAUUGAAAAUGCUGGAUACAGCUGGAAUAUUAAUAUAUUGAAUGAGUCAGACAUAGAUUUCUUUAUUUUGAAAUUGACAGAAAAAAAUGAUAAAAACUGAAAUAGGUUUGCUACAAAGAUUUGUGGGCUAUUGUGGAUAUAUAGGAGAUAAAUUCUAGUUUGUUGUGCAUAAAUGUGGCAUUGAACUAGGUUCCUGGACUCUGUUUCACGUUCAGCAUUAUCGCGAAGCGGGAUGUUUCACAUUGUCCUAUCGGGAUAUUUCAUAUCUUCCUAUUGACUGUAAAGUUCAAAAGCAGGAAAAAUGCAUUAUCAUAAAGAUAUAACACUCCGUCUUAAGAUUGUUAUUGUAUGUACAUUUUAAAAAAAGUGCCGCUGAUAACCUUUUGGUAGUGAGGUUAUCAUGGAACGCUACUUCCUUCUGUGUCUCCAAUGAUAACAGAAAAUUGUCAAUAUUUAAUAACCCUUCUAAUGACAGUUAAAUUGAACUGUUUUCAAAUUAGAUAUUAUUUAAACAUAUUUGGUAAUUGAAUGUGCAACUUCUAACAUGUUAGUGUAAAAAACUGUGGAAGUUAAUUCUGGAGUUUAAUUGUGGUGAAUGACAUUUUUUCUGUUCAUUUAUAUAUUGGGUGAAGGUUCAGAAAAGAGUGUUCUUCGGAUAGGGAUCUUUAAGUUUGUGAAUAUUAAAAAUUCAAGGUUCAGAAGGUAGCAGUUUGGAUUAUGAUUGAUCAUGAUGCAUAUAAAGCCGGUUCCCUUGUUAGAUCCUCAUACUGCCAGGAACCAGUGCAAAUUGAUCUGGGACUCGGCAGCUGGGCCCAGAAAUACACUUCCUGUCAAAAAGAAAGUAGGUUUUGUCAGUGAAUCGAGCCAGACUGUAGCAAGUUCAUUCUCUCAGAGUAGAUACCCUCGGAGAAAUAGUUUGGUUGCUACACGAAUAUCAUUCUAUGAGGACAGAACAGAGACAAUCCCUAGUGAAGAAAUCCCUGACACAGAAAGUAAAGUACAGGUUAAGAUAUCAUUUGACGACCAUGCUACGACCACCUUUGAGUAUGAGGGUGAGGAAGCUGCCCUUGAGACUUACCUCGAGGAACAUCCUGAUGAGAAAGAGGAAGCAGAAAGUGUCAAUAUAGUUAAUGGUGUUACUGAAACCAGUGAUGCACACUUAAUGAAUGAUUCUCCAGCAGUCCCGCUAGAACCAGAAACUCAUAUGAAAUCCAACACUGUCUUAGGCACAAGCGGAGGAGGUCUAACUAGCUACAAGUCAAAGAUACAGACCCAAGACUUUCAGUUUGGUAUGAGCCCUGAGCCUGAGGUCACGUACAGUAUGCCAGAGCUUGAACAGGAAGAACCCGAGAGUAUAGACCUGUUACCGGCCGAUGAUAAUGAACUUGAUGCUUUUUCAGCAGAAGUUGAUAAAGCUGAUAUGUUGUUUUGAUGUUGUGUCAAACAUAGGGUGAAAAAAUACAUAAAUUCAUAUGCAAUAUAUGGAACACUAAAUGUCUCAAAUGAGUACUCCGGGUGUUUACACAAGCUACAUCAUAUAUUGAUUACACAUUCAAUCUAGGCAUAAUAAUUGGUUGCAUAGAGAAAGGGCUGGCCAAGAUUACUGUGAAAACUUUUAAUACAUCUUAGUGAACAAAAUGACUUUCUUAGAUGCCGCAACAUUGCAUCUGUUCACUUCUCCAAAAUUAUCUGGAAAAAGAAAUUUGUGUGCUUUUUUUAAAAACAUACAUGUAUAUCGUUUGGUGAACAUUCAGCUGAAGACACAAAGCAUAGCUACAAAUAUUUUCAGUCCUUCAAAAUGUGGAAUUGAUUUGAAUCUGAAGGCGUCUUGCUGAACAUAUAGGCUGCAAGAUUGUCUUUCAACAGAAUAUUGAAGCCAGUACAGGAUUGCAGUGACAGACUUAUUGCCAAGCAUUUAUGUUCAAACAGGCUAUGCAAUAAUUUAUUUAGCAUCACAGAAAAUGUGCUAUUUAGGUUAUUAGAAAUUAGAGUUUUGUUUUAGUUUAUUUAUCGGUAGAAAAUAGAAAAAAAUAUUUUAGUAAACAUCACUAGGUGAUGUUAUUUCUCAAGGAUAUUUUUAUACAGCUCAGUAAUAAUUACAUGCAAGUUUUGGGAGCGGUAGAUAAUCUAUACAUUAUGUAAACAGUUUGUUUUUUUUGUAAUAAUUUGUUAAAACUUGAGCUGUUGCCAGUUUUUAAGGAGUUUUGAUUCUAUGUUUAAUAGAGGGAAAAGAAUAAUAGCUAUCAGUGUAGUAAUACUGAACUUUGGUACAUUAAAAAUGUCUUCUGCCUAGAAUAACUCAAUGAAUAAAGCAAUUUCACCCAACUUUAAAUUGAAAAAAAGGGGACUACUUUUUGCAACCGUAAACUGAACAGACUUUGUCUCACAUAAGCAUAUUAACAUCGCUUUAAAAUGAGGUCUGGUGGAAAAACAUUGGUACAUUUCAUUUUAAUAAGUCAGGGCAGGCAAAGUUACAUAACAUUUUAAGUCCUGCCAAGGCAGACAUUUGUUUAUUACAUUUAAAGUCUGACCAAGGCAAACAUUGAUUACAUAAUAUAUGUCUGACUGAAGCAAGAGGUAGUACAUUACAUUUAAGUCGAUGUGACAUUACUUUUAAGUCUGGUCAUGGCAAACAUUGGAACAUUUCAUUUAAAUUUGACUAGUCAAAUGCUGUUACAUUUAAAUCUGCCCAAAGGCAAACAUUGUUAAAUUACAUUUAAAUCUGAAUGAGGCAAACAUUGUUAAAUUACGUUUAAAUUACCUGAGGCAAACAUUGGUUUAUUACAUUUAAAUCUGGCUGAGGCAAACAUUGGUAUAUUACAUUUAAAUCUGAAUGCAGCAAAUAUUGGUAUAUUACAUUUAAGUCUGGUCAAGACAAGUCACGAUACAUUCUAUUUAAAAUUGACUGAGGCAAACAAUGUAUAUUACAUUUAAAUCUUGCCAAGGCAGAAAGUGUUACAUUGAAUUUAAAUCUAGUGGAGCAUUACAUCUAAAUCUGGUAGAGGCAAACAGUGGUAUUUAAGUCUGAGACAACGGUGUUGCAUAACAUUAAAUUUAAAUCCGGCCAAGGCAGACAGUGGUAUACAGACUAGUUCCAUAAAAGCUACAUAAACGUGCAGUGUCACAUUAUGAUGAUGCUUGGUAGUGUUAAGAUGUGUUCAUAUUAAUUGAUAUAAUCUGAUAUGUUUUAUUUAAACAUAUAAAUAUUUGUAUCUUUGUUUUGUCACUACAGUGUGAAGUGUGAAAGUAACUGUUAAAACUGUUAUUUUAAAUACAAAAAAUUUGGUUUAUAUAAGAAAUGUCCAUUCCAGAUGACAUUCCAACCAGCAGUAACAGUAAGUGAUAAAGAAUUGAACACCAUGUUUCGUUUUAAUUUCAGUUAAGUGCAAUACAGUUCAUAAAUUCCUCUAGCUUGAAAAUGACUACGAGUACCUGUAAAUAAGGAACAGAAUUACUCUAUCUGAUAUAUACGUGUUACUGCUACAGUGACGGAAGUAUGUGCGGCACUUUGAUGUUUACCUUGGUCUUGAGAUUUGACAGUAUAACCCUUCCGUUAGAUUUGUGAUGAUAAAGAGGUUCUGUAUGUCUUCCCUUACCAGGAAUAGAUUUUUCCCAAGUAUAAAUACAUAUUUUUUAUUACAAUAUUUCAUAAAGUUGUAAAUGUGUUCAGGUUUAAGUUGCUAUGGUGAAUCCUUAAAGGUAUACGUGUAGUAGACUUUCAAAAGUCUGUGAGACAAAGAGUUAGAAAAGAAUGAAAAGUAAGCUCAAAACCUGAAAAUUGCUGUACACAUUUUAAUACAGUACUGUGGAUUUGGUAUUUCUAUAUGGUCAACCUUUAGCUUUCUAAAUUUCUAAAAUGAUCUGGUCACUGAAAAUUAACUUACUGAAUUGCAAACAGUGCAGACCAUGAUCUGCAUGCAUCAUUGUGCAGGCUGAUCUUGGUCUGCACUGGUCGCAAAGGCAGAAUCAUUUGCCGCCAGCAGCCUAAAGGUUAAGUAGUUGAAAACCUUAUUAUUUGCAAUUCAAAGCUUGUGAGUUCUAAACAUAAGAAUGGUUAAUGUUUACCUAUGUUUUAAACUCGCAAGACACACCAUCUAUGAAUAUAUGAGUUUGUUUAAAUUUUGUUCCCAGUUUUGAAAAAAAUUGUGCUGAUGAUAUAUAUGGCUUUACUUUAUUUUCAAGUUGUUUAAAUAUAUGUACUAUAAAAGUCUUUGUACUUAAAUUACACAACUAAUGUAUAAUUUACAUUGUAUUCACCCUGAUGAAGUUACUUUAUGCAUUGACGGCAGUAUGGGCUGGUCCCCACAUGCCACCUUCUUUAUAUACAUUAAAUGCGUUAAACAUUGCAUUAAGAAAAAAUCAUUUUUGUUGAAAUAUGUGCUAAUUGUCCAAAGAGGCACAGCAUAAAAUGUUAGGGAUAUCAAAUGAUUUAUAUUUUAAACCCAUUUUUUUAGCCUUUGCUGUACGGAAAUAUUCUGGGUGUGCUGUUUUUGUACAUGAACACUUUGUCUAGAAUCACAUUUAGUCGUGCAGAGAAUGAACCAGCAAGUAAUGUAAAUGAGUUAAGUACAAGUAUUUUGUUGAAACUUUCAAGAAUAAUAAGAGUAUAUUCUGUUAUAUUGUAUGUAGUUUAUGUAUUGUAUGUUUUUCUUUCAUCUAUUUAUAGACAUAUGUAACCCUUACCCUGCUAAAUUUCUAUAAUGAACUUGUCCAUCUUUCAUUUUGGACAGUAUCAUUAAAAGGGGUUCUUACAAAAAGAUACUGACUGAAUGGCAAACAGUGCAGAUCAUAAUCUGACUGCACGGAUGUGCAGGCUGAUCAUGAUCUACACUGUUUGCAAAGGCAGAAUCAUUUGUGUCCUGCAUGAUAAGGGUUAAUACAUAAUAGAGUCAUCCUUAUAUCCUUCUUACAGGAAAAAGAAAGUGUACGAGAUAUAAGAUGAUUCAGAUACAUGACAGUGCAACUGAUCAUUUGAUAAGCUACAUUUAUUAUAUUUUGUUUUGAUCUAAGUUUCGAUUUUUUGCACCAGUUGUUAUGAAAAAAUCUUUUGUAAUUUGUUUUGCUGUUCAUUAAUUACACACCAUUCCCUGAUGUUUGUGUACACGAUUUAUCAGUGUUGUAUGUGGUUAUACGCUUGUACAUCCGUGACUGUGUAAGUUAUGACUUGUGUUCAUACCGUGAGUCACUUAUUGUUGUUAAGACUUGAUGUACCAGCAGCUUGUCCCAAACAUUUUAGAAAAUCACAGCUUUACUAACACUAGCUUUUUGUAAUACACCUGCAUAAUUUCUCUAUUUCAUUUUUACAUAUUAUUGUGUCAAGUCAUUUUACAUAUUUUGAUUAAUUAAUUUCAAACUCAUUUACCAAUGAAUUGUAUGGUCAAAUUUUCUUAUGUACAUUUGUAUUGCUUUAUUGUAGAACAAUAACUUCCAUUAUUUUUGUAUCUAUAUACUUACAUUAAAUUUUAAUUCUUUGCUGAAAUAACAUACUAUUCAUAAGUUGUUUUUUUUUACAUUAUUUGGUAAUAUUUUGCCACAAUUAAAGGGGCUUAAAAGUAAAAUAAAAUAUGUUGUUCAGUAACUGAUGUAAAAAUGCAUCAUCUGUAGACAAUUAUAUUCAUGAUUUAACAUAAUGGUCCAUCAACUCACCUGCACUUUGUUUCAUGCAAUCCUUGUCAAGUUCAGACCUCUGUGAAAAUCAUCCAACGUAGAGUAUUUUUUAUGAUGUUGCUCAUUUACACACAGUGUGUUUUUUUGUCUUUAAAACUCAGUUACACAUUUCCCUGCUAAAUUUCUAAAUUGGACUGGUCUAUCAUUCAGUUUUGGCGGUACCAUUUAUUAUUCGAAGAGGUGUUCACUGAAAAUUUACUGGCUGAAUAGUGAACAGUACAGACCAUGAUCAGCCUGCAUAGAUGCAAAGGCAGAAUCCCUUGCCACCAGCAGGCUAAAGGUUAAUUUAAAAAUGAUAUCUAUUGUGAAACAGUGAUCACACAAUGUCUCAUGGGGAUGAACAGAAUUCUCAAGUAGGGGACUACAUGAAUUGUCCAAAUGAGCUCAUAUGCUAGAGUCAUCAGUGCUUGAGCAAACCGUGUUUCACUGUAUUUAACUGCUGAAGCAGAGGUUAUGUGCUUAUAAAAUAUCCAUAGCUAAGUGGAUCAGCAGAAUUUCAAAAGGAAAAACAUUUUUAGUUCUGGAUACCUGUAUGAUCUCUAUAUUCAACCUUUGGCCUGCUGGUGGCAAAUGAUUUUGCCUUUGCGACCAAUAGACCAUGAUCAGUCUGUACAUCCUUGCAGUCUGAUCAUGGUAUGCACUGUUCGCUAUUCAGUCAGUAAAUUUUCAGUGAACACACCUUUGAAUGAUAAGUGGUACUGCCCAAAUUGAAUGAUGGACCAGUCCAUUUUAGAAAUUUAGCAGGGUUAAAUUUUUGUUAAGAAACAAGAACAAAUGUUAGUAGAAACUUAAUAAUAGAUUUGUGUUAUAUUUUAAAAAAUGCCUUGAACAUUUCCCCUGUACAUAUAUUCCAUUGACAAUAUAAUCAUUCCAAAAGCAUACAUUUUGCAGCAGCCAAUUUGAUUGUAUAGCAUAGAGUGCUUAGUGUUUUAACACGCAUAUCCAUUUUGAAAUUUAAUUGAUAAAAUUAUGUUCUUCAUGUCUUUCAGUGGCUUAUUGAAAUAUAAGGGUGGGUUUCACUGUUUUAACUCUUACUCUGCUAAAUUUCUAUAAUGAACUUGUCCGUCUUCCAGUUUGGACAGUACCAUUAACUGUUAAAAGGGGUACUUACCUAAAAGAUACUGGCUGAAUAGCCAACAGUGCAGAUCAUGAUCAGACUGCACAGAUGUGCAGGCUGAUCAUGAUCUACACUGGUCGCAAAGGCAGAACAAAUCAUGUCCUGCAUAUAGAGUUAUACAGUGAGUUUAUUAUGCUAUAAUUUAUUCUGGUACAACAGUUGAAUGAAGAACAAUGUAAGCUAUAAAUAAUUGAAAUUUCUUACAAAAAUAUACUUCAAAAUACAUAGAUGAAUAUGUAUAUUAUCAAGAACGUGAAAAUUUACACUUGCCUUAUUAAAAUGUGAAAGACAUUGAUGAAUCUUAGAAGUAUUUGAAUUUUACUAACAUAAACAUCAUAACUUAAGAAUAUCUUGCCCAAAAAUUUUGCUUUGCAUGUGACUCGGAGAGAGUAAUAUAUAGUUAAAACCAUUGAAAAGACAGGGAAAAAAAAGAUUGUUGGUUUUUUUUUUUUGUUUGAAUGUGCAAUCAAAAUAUCUUUCACUUAUGAACACAAAAUUACAUCCCUUAUGGCUGUAUAUCUCUUGUGAAAGUACUGCAUUUGGUUAUCACUCAGUGAAAUAUAUCUUGAUCUUACACUGAAACAAAAAAAUAGAGAAAUAUUGUAAUUGAAAUAUUUUGAAGUGUGAAGUACGAUUGCUAGAAUGUAUUUAGUGUAGAGACAUUAAUCUUUACCCUGCUAAAUUUCUGUAAUGAACUUGUCCAUCUUUGAAUUUGGACAGUACCAUUAACUGUUAAAAGGGGUGUUUACAAAAAAGAUACUGACUGAAUGGCGAACAGUGCAGAUCAUGAUCAGACUGCACAGAUGUGCAGGCUGAUCAUGAUCUACCCUGGUCGCAAAGGCAGAAUCAGUCAUGUCCAGCAUCAUAAGGGUUAAGUAGACAUAGAAAUGUUUGUUAUGGAUAUGCCUGUAAGUAGUUACAAACUGCUUAUAAAGCUAUGUAAUGCAUUCCAUAUAGAUUUUAUUAUUCUUUAUGAUACAACUAAGGAAAGUUUAUGUGUUUAAUAGAAUAUAUUUUUUGUUAAGUUUUAUAUAUUGUCCCUGCUUACAUUCUUACAACAAAGCAAAUAAUUCCCCAAACAAGGUUCUUCAAUAUUAUUUCAUAUAUAGUUGCUUUAAGUACACGAAAAUGUGAUUUACAUGUAAAGUUAGCAUCAUAUUUUCGUUAAUGUUAUAUUUGAUGGUAAAAUUUGAAACUUGCUGAUUUUGAUUAAAGAAAAAUGGAUUAUAAUUUUAUGUAGAUUCUUAAGAUACAAGUUUUUACAUUCAAUACAUUAUAAAUUAUAAAGUAAGUGCAUUUGGGUUUUAUAUGAAGUCAUUUUUUUGUUUAAGAGAUAAUUGAGCCGUGCCAUGAGAAAACCAACAUAGUGGGUUUGCAACCAGCAUCCGCGCAGUCUGGUCAGGAUCCAUGCUGUUCCCUUUUUAAAGCCUAUUGAAAUUGGAGAAACUGUUAGCGUACAGCAUGGAUCCUGACCAGACUACGCAGAUGCGCGGACUGGUCUGGAUCCAUGCUGGUUGCAAAGCCACUAUGUUGGUUUUCCCAUGGCACAGCUCAAUUAUUUGUCCCAAACUCAAUUCAUUAUUUCAUUAUUUCAUGUAAGAAAUAACCAGUUACCUUUGCAGAUAAAACAUUCUCUAGAUAUAACCUAUUAUCUGUAUAGAUAAAAGACAGUACUUCAUAGGUACAAGCAGUGAUUUAGGUAAAUAAAAUCUUUACUGUUCAUGUUCUGGACAUGUUGCUUUUCAAGAAAUAAUUUUGAAAACACUCCAAAGUUUUCAGGUUUUUGAAAAUAGGUCAGUAGUCGGAAAAAAAAGAAAAUUACGAAUAAAGAGUGUUUUAUAUACAUACAAUUUUCACUGAAUUGAAUACCAGUAGUUUUAAAACAAUAAUUAAGUGAACCACAGAUGCUACAUACUAAUUUCGUAGUUACUGUGUUCUUGACAAAAAGCGGUUUUGAACAAAACAACUGGUGGAUAUUUUUAAGUUGAUGAUAAUGUUGAUUUAUUCAAGUCACUACCUGGCUUGUAUCAUCUUUCAUGAAAUUUUUUUCAUCACAGCUCUGCUUUGUAUUACAUGAAAACACAUCAUGAAAUCAUGAGCUAUAGUUGUACUGUGAAUGUUUUACUUGUAGACAAAGCCAAUGUCUCCAUUUCUGCUUGUACACUGUCAGCAGGCAGUUUUUGCUAUAUUUUGACAUUUUAAGCUUUAAUGAAGUUCUUUUUUUGUUAAAAGUUCUCAUGCUUUGUUUUGUUAAAGAGUAUUUUUAUAUAAUGAUGCCAGUUAGCUUGAAGCAUGUUAUACUAGUAAUACGAAAUUACCACUUUUAUUGUUCAAAGUGGUAUUAUAACUUAGAAUGUAUGUAUGUGCAUGUGUCUGUAUGUUGUUGAACCUAACUGCACAGGCACUGCCUCAGCUAAAAUAUAAUGUAAAUCUACAGGAGUUACAGACAAAAUAGAAAAAAAAACGUUAAUAUCCAUUACAUGUCAGCUGAACUCUCAUUCAUGCUCAGCUGAUAAAUGUGUAAAACUUCUGACACUUUCAUACAAACAAGGGAAUAACAGGAUUGCCGAGCAGAGAUAAAAAUGAAAAUUAUAUUUCCUGUGUUAGAUCCCUGGACUGACACAAUUCUGUUUAGCAGUUUAUUAUUGUAUGUAUACAGUAUACAAUACAAAAUGUACUUGUUUUUACAGUGGUUAUUUUCAGUCAUUUAGUAAUAGAUUGCCAGAAUUUGCCAUAUAGAAUAUUAAGUUAUUUGUAUAUAGGUAAAAAGCUGUCAGAUACCUUUUGAAUCUUCUUAACCUUUAGUCUGCUAAAUUUCUACAAUGGACUGGUCUAUCAUUCAGUUUGGGCAAUACCAUUUGUUAUUUGAAGGGGUGCUUACUGAAAAUUUAAUGACUGAAUAGAAAACAGUGCAGACCCUGAUCAGCCUGCACGGACAUGUUCUUGGUCUGUGCCAAUCGCAAAGGCAGAAUCACAUGCCGCCAGCAGGCUAAAGGUUAAAGUAGUGUUACAGAAAUGUUUAGUUGUAGCUAGUUACUGUUACAAGCAAAGCUUUGGUUGCCACAACAGAAUCCACCUUGUCACAUUUUAUUGAUACAACGUAUUUAAAAGUAAGAAAAUAAUUAGACUAGAAACUUUUUUAUAAGGCAGAUUUUCAUAAGCUGGACUUCAUAUGAAUUCUUAAGGUAGUUCUGCAUGAUUUAAUGGCGUAACAUCAUUUAUCCAGAUAACUUAGAAUCAAGCCUGGACUUUGAAUAUGGAAGGAAAAACCAUUUUAAAGUCAAUGGCAACCUGCAGUUAACUCUAUUCUUAACAGUAAUGUUAUUGUCUUUAUAAAUAAUAAUUAUAUGGUGUUGAAUAGUUCCAAAUUUUGCCUUAAAAUCAGUUUGAUGUGUGGAUCUCUUAAAUCAUGGGCAAAUAUAUUCAAAACAAGAUCACAGAUUAUACAUAUUAUUUCACCAUACUAUUUAUAAUUGUGAGAAGUUUCAUUAAAAUCUAAAUUGUAGAAAGAAUUCUGUUUGCAAAAAUGUCAUCAAAAUUGUGAUUUUCUCAUAGACUGCCAGUAUGAACGCUUGUUUAAGGUCCACAGUUUUCAAGUCAAUGUAGCAAAAUAUCAGGCACAUUACCAUUAUUUGGCAAAUUUUCCCAGUUCCCGAGAUUUUGGAAAUUUAGGGUUUAAUCAAAUUCUACAUUGUAAAAAUUUUGAUCUGAGUCUGCAGAACUGCUUGUGUCAGUUGAUGUUGCUUUCUAAUGCUUAUAUUAAAGCUUAUUUGCAUACAACAGACAUAACAGACAUAACAGACAAGGAGGGUAUAAUGGUGAAUUGAGCCGUGCCAUGAGAAAACCAACAUAGUGGGUUUGCGACCAGCAUGGAUCCAGACCAGCCUGCGCAUCCGCGCAGUCUGGUCAGGCUCCAUGCUGUUCGCUUUUAAAGCCUAUUGGAAUUGGAGAAACUCUUAGCGAACAGCAUGGAUCCUGACCAGACUGCGCGGAUGCGCAGGCUGGUCUGGAUCCAUGCUGGUCGCAAACCCACUAUGUUGGUUUUCCCAUGGCACGGCUCAAUUUAAUAACAGCGGAAAUACAUUAGGUUGAAGAUAACUAAAUUUAAUUGCAGAACUGCUUAAAUUGUAGGUAUAAAAAGACAGUUAUAGUUAGGUAUAUUCAUUGACAGUACUGUUCGUAGGUAAUCUUUUUAGAAUCUAAUACAAACUGUUGCAAACUUGUACACUUGUAUUCUUAGUGAUAAACUAAUAUGUCUGAUUCAAAAAAGUUAAAUUAUUUUAUUUUGAGAUGAUUUAUUCAGCCAAAUCUCAUUAAAAUCUUUCUUGACUAGACAGUGAAAAAAAUAUAUCUUUAUCAGAAAUUAUUUCCUUCUUAAAUAAAGCUUGCGAGAGGACAUGAAAUUUUUCAGUGAUUUAUGGGUGUUUGUCAUAAGUUAACUCCAUGGUUACCAUGUACGUGUGGCUAGUUGUCUAGGAGACACAGAUCAUUAUUUUCCUUAUUUGAACGGUGCGUUUUCUUCAGACUCAGCACCCUGUUAGUUAUUAUACUGUUUCUUUUUGACUGUUGUUUCAAUGCUCUUGUCUCUGAUAAGAAGUUCUUUCAGCACAGGUUUUUGUACAUAUCCUUAGUGGUUCUUGAAAGUAACCUGAAAGAUGAUUGUUUACCUUUGUCCCGCUUUUAAUCAGGGUAUAAAUAUGACAGUUCUGUUUAAAUGUUUAACCUAGAUGGUGCACCGAUCUAAGAUUUCGAGGGGUUUUGUGUAUAAAUGGUUCGAAUAUUACAUGAUAAGAAGUGGUAUUCUAAGUUUUUUCACAUGUCAAAGUAACUUAUGAUUACGACACAAAAUAAUACAGGUAGAUAAUUUUCCAGUUCUGGAGCAAAAGUAAGUUUUGAAUUGGAGGUUCAUUUUACUGAAAUACGUUAUACAAGGAUCUUUACAUAGAUUUCGUUCAGAAAAGAAUUAAAACUAAUGAAAUGGACAGAAGAGUGUUAAGAUUUAUAUCUAUAAAUAUUAUGUACAUUGGAUUUUAAUUAUUAUGAUACAGGAAGGAUAAGCAGAAUGAAACUAAGUUGUAAUCAUAAUAUACAGGUGGUUGAAUUGUCUCCCUUUGAAAGCAUAUUGGUAAACCUUACUUGUUAGGUAUUUAAAAUACUCUGAAUACAACAGUUGGGCUUAUGGAUACAUAGGUGAUAACAUGUUUUCUGUGAUUUUUUAAAAUCUUUUUUAUUGAGUAUAAGUCUCAUUACGUAUAUAAUUAAUAAUUAUAUAAUAUAUUCUAUGUAUAUGUUACGGACAUUAUCAGUAUAUAAUAGUGUUUUUGUUUGUGUCUGUACUUUAAUUUUUUGUCUUUGAUUCUGGUAGUACUGUAUAUAGUCAGUGAGAUAACAAAUAAUAAAUUCAUACUACAGUAUAA